AUUAAUUUAAACAGAAUAUUAGCGGUUAUACACGAAUUCUCUAAAAAUGUCUACUGUUAUGGAAAAUACUAAUCCUCCAUUUGUCCAGAAUGGGAAGCAGGAAUAAGCCUGCAUAACUUGAAUAUUAAACGUAAUACAUGUCAGUGUAUGGUCUUAAUCUACUACAAUCUGGAUGAAGUUUCAUUCGGAAAAUUUCGUAACACUAUGAUAGCUCAUAAUCCUGUGAUGCGAGCUUAUGGGAACGGAGAAUUUUUAGGCAUUGCUAAAGAUAUUUGUUGUGUAGAAGGCGUAUUUCCAAGAAAUCAAAAUAUUGGUAUUUUAACAUUUGAUCAUGUUGAAGAGGCUAAAAGAUGUAUUGAAUCUAAAGUUGAAUUACGUGAACCACAUCAUUAUGGUGGUCAUGAACUUUAUAUAGUUCCAUUAUGUAAUCCAAUGCAAUCAUGGCCAGGUUAUCGUUAUGUACAAUUAGAUAUAUAUGAAACUAAAAACUCUAAUCUAUUCACUAAGUAUAUUAAUAAUUUAGUGAAUAUUGUAACACGUCAUGGUGGUCAUGUUAUAGCGGGUACAACACAAGUAGGCCAAUUUCUAGGCUUACGUAAAGCAUUAUUUCUAUUUGUUGUUCAAUGGAAAAGUCGUGAAUCAUUUUUUGAGUGUAACAAAGAAGCGGAUGACUUAUUUUGUCCACCUCAACCAAAACCUGAACCAGUAGAUGAUUCAAACAUUAUGACAUACUAUGAUGAUGACUGUUUUAAUGUUUCAACACGAAGAAAUGAAUGUCAUGAGUGUAAACAUCCUAAAAAAGUUACACCUUUACAAAGAGAGUCUGGUGCAUCAUGCAGUUCACGUUUACUUUUUGAACUUGAUACACAAUACUUUAAUUGGUGUUAAAGAAAGAGAAACUCUUUGAGAAUGUGAAAAAAAACUAUUUCAUGAAUAAAGACGAAUAUGACUACAAUGCUAAAUUAAGCUAAUUUAUAUCAACUCAGAUCCCUUUCUCUGUUCAUGAAAGUUUUUUCUAAAAUACAUAUAUAAAUCACAUUCUGACAGAAGUGAUAAAAACAAACAAACAAUGAAAACAUUUGCAAAGAUGAGUUGGAGAAGUACUUCAACAUACCUUAGUUAGUAUCCAAUUUUAUCUGUCCAAAUGUUUAAAAAGUAUUCAACUUUUUUUUCACACUUUUUAUUUCAUUAUUGAAUUUCUAAAACAAUACAUUAGAAACAAUAAAAGAGGAAACAUACUCGACAAACAAAUGCAUACACUUGACCAUUGUAAAUGUAUGUAAUGCAUAUUAUAUAUGAAAGGAUUAUAUACACUGAAAUGAAAGAGAUUUUAUUUCACCUAUUUGCUU